AUGAAGCUCGUCGUAGCCGGCGCAACUGGCUUCCUGGGUACGGAAGUCGUCCGUCAAGCGCUGUCCCAUCCAAAAAUCACGUCUGUCAUCGCACUAGCGCGACGUCAAACCGCCAUUCCGGAAGGCUCGGGAUCGCAAGCCGACGCCUCCAAGUUGAAGUCGGUUGCCUGCGAUGACUUUAUCAGCUAUCCGGAGAGUGUCAAGACUGAAAUAGCCGAUGCGGAUGCUUGUAUCUGGCUCAUUGCCGUCACGCCAACCAAAUCCAAGACGUUUCCCCAAGAUGAAGUGCGCAAGAUCUGCCAUGACUACCCCCUAGCAGCUGUCGACGCCUUUUCGAAUCUCCCACGCAAGGACAAGACUGAGCCGUUUCGCUUCGUCUACGUCAGCGGCUCCAACGCAGAACGAGACCCGGCCAAGAAGCCAUGGGUCAUGGGCGACUACUGCGUGAUGAGGGGUCAAGUUGAGGCAGAUGUCCUCGAGCGUGCACAAAAGUCCAACGGCGCUCUAAAGGCCUGCGUGUUUAAGCCCGGACUGAUCAACACAGCAAACACUAGCCUCCUAGUCAAGGGUGUUCAAGGCGUUGCUCGAGUUCUCAUAGGUCUCCCGACUAUUCAGCGGGAUGAAAUGGCAGCAGCCCUGUUGGAUAAGGCUAUCAAUGGCUUCGAGAAGGACACUUUUAUGAACGAAGAGCUGAUAGAGAUUGGACAGGGAGCGCUGAAGACUGAGGCACCUUCUCAGUAG